UAUUAGACUAUAAAAGCAAGGAGUCAUAAUUAAUGUGAUAGGCAGUUGUAAUCAGACUCGUCUGAGUUCUGUCCUUCCGUGUGACAUCGUGUGUGACUUCAAUUGUUUUUUUUAACCUUCAUCUGUGUUUUUUUUAUUCGUGUGUUCCAUAAUGAUUGCUAAACUCAUCCCCCUGUUCUGCGUGGUGGCGGCCGCGGUGGCCUCCCUAGAGGGCGUCGACCCCAACACCCUGUCUUGCGACCCAGCUGGCCAGAUCUACCUGAACCUGCCCCACGAGACCGACUGCAACAAGUUCUACACCUGCGCUCACGGACAGCAAGUGCUGUUCACUUGCAGCCCGGGCACCAUCUUCGACUUUGUUCUGCAGACAUGCAACUGGGAAUCAGCCACCAAGUGCUGGCUGCGCAACCCUGACGCCGACAUCGAGGAGGGGUCAGGAGAGGAGGGGUCGGGGGAGGCCUCCCUCGACUGGUCUGCUGAGGAGGACGAGACCCGCUACCACCACGUCAGCAAGACCGUGGCUGCUUCUUUUGCUCCCUCUCUGAACUGCAACAACGCUUUAGAAGCCUCCAGGCAGCUGCCAUACGCCGGUGACUGCCAGCGUUACUGGCGCUGCUCCAACGGCGUGCCGCAAGCAUCCUUCUGCACUGACGGUCUCUUCUUCAACAAGGCCACAGAACAGUGCGACUUCGAAGGCAAUGCCAAGUGUGUACUAGACAGCGAAGACGAGUUAAACGGAGAAUACUUCACUUACUGAGAGGCUGAAAGAGUCGAGUCAUUGCCACGGUCGAUUACGAUUCAGUCGUAAAAAGUAAAGGUUGUCUUGUCUAUGGUUUUAUGGAAGCCGCGAAACUGAAAUAAUUAUUGUUAUAAUUUCUACAAAAUGUAAUGUAAAUAUCUCGUACAUGUCAAUAAAGAGCAAUAUUUAGAUGCCAUUUGCAAAAUAAGCAACGAAUCUCUUUAAACGUAUUUCGUAUCUACAGAAAUAUGUGAAAAGUACCUAAAAUAAAAUGCUUAUUAAGUAGGUAGGUAGUAUGAUAAAAUUGCAAAGUGCCGAUAAUAAAAGAAGUGAAAUCACACUAGGAAUUAUUCUCAAUUGUUUUGUAUUUAUAUUCAGUUUUGCUGAUGAAAUACGAAGUUUUGAUGAAUAUUAAAAGUGUAGAUUCACAUACCAUCUUGUUCUUUGUUGACAGUGUCUAUAAAUACAUAUUUAAAUAAAUUACCCUGUGUUUAUUUACUUA